CGACUUUCAGCACCUUAAAGCCCGGCAAAUAUUGUCAAACUCGAGGAUUCUCAACUGCUGCCAGCUGUCAGUUACUGGCAUCCAAAAAAAAAACCCCCACUUGACGAGGAGUGGAAAUCCACAAAAAACAGACACCAGGGCUUAGGCCGAAAGCAGAGCACCAGCCAAACAGUACAAAACAAUGAACGCCGAGCAGGAAGAGGAACGUGUUUGCCUUAGAACCGCCGACGAGCAGGAACAGGAACAGGAACAGAACAAGGAGCAGGACCAGAAGCAACAGCGCAACAUGGACGACGAUGACGACAAGCUGGUCUCGGACGAAGUGCAUCUACGGCAACUCAGCUCAACGCCAGCCUCGGCCUUACAGCAGCGCCGCCAAAGCAACAGCGUGACCCGGUCCGCUCCACCGGAGCUGACACAGCGUGGCCCGACCUUAAAGGAGCCGGAGAAGGAGGCGGAGCAGGGCGUGGUGCUGCGACGGGCCAUCGAAAAGGGGGCCAUUACCUUGGCACAAAUAGACGAUCUAAGACUGGAGAGCGACGACGACGUCGACGACGACGACGAGGACGGCGAGGAUGACGUGAACAACUACGACGAUGUUGACUGCGGCCAGGGCUUGAGCAAUCCCGCAGCGCAGACCACAAAUGAUGAGCAGAUUACAGCCACAACAAUGGCAACUACAGCCACAACAAUGGCAGCUACGGCCACAGCAGCAACAGCACAGGAAGCAGCCACUGGCAGAACGUGUACGCCAACCACUCUGGAUAUGUCCAAAAUACCACGCCUGCCCGGCGACGGGGCACAGAUGGACGACAGCGGCGACCUGCCCCAUUCGCUGCAAGCCUCCACAGCAUCAAUUUUAUCCAAUUUGCGCAAGAAACAGCAGGCACGACCUGUCGGCGGGGUCUUGGCCAAGCAAACGCCACGGCGCGUGCAGUCCGUGCGCAUCGUCGAGGACAAAUCCGGCUAUGGACCCAAGCGACGCACCGAAAGCUGCAGCAUAUUUGGCAACAGCAAUUUUGAUUAUGAACUGGAAUCGGGCCAAUCCAUUGCCAGCAUGGCUGGCCCCCAGCGUCCGAUGACUAAUGAAACGUAUUCGGCCUUCAAGAGCGGCAACGUGGUCAAGGGCAUACUGUGCCCCUCGCUAACCAACUCCUUCAAGCAGAGCUCGCUGGAGCGCAGCUAUCUGACCUACACACACAGGCAAAGGCAGAAGUCGCUCAUCAUCGUGAAUGUGGUGGACUUUGUGCUGAAGAUUGUGAUGGCGCUCAUCUGGAUGCUGCAGCCCAAGGAGGAGCGCCUAGAAACUAGCACGUCUUACGCGAGCACAGCCACUGCGAUUACCUGGUCAGUUUGCUGUGGCAUUGCCAAUCUGGCCAUUUGCUUCCUAGGGUAUUGGCGCUGCUUCGCCAACAAUUAUUUGCACUGGGCGGCGGUCUGCACUUGGGUGCUCUUCAAUAUACAAGGAUUCAUCAGCGAGGGCGUGGGCUUCGAGAACCGGGAGUACCUGGUCUGGUACAUUCUGUUCGUCAUAUUUGUGCCCUAUGCCAUGCUGCCGCUGCCGCUCAAAUGGUGCGUCGUGGGCGGCACAAUCACAGCCAGCUGCCACCUGGCCGUAAUUACCAUCAACAAAUUGCAGGACAAGACGACGCCACUGGAUACGAACUGCGUGCUAUUCCAAAUCAUUGCCAAUUUCAUUCUAUACACCGCCAUUAAUGUCGCUGGCAUGUAUACCAAAUAUCUGACAGAUCGCGGACAGCGCUUGGCCUUCAUCGAGACCCACAAGGCCAUGGAGCACAAAAAAGAGUCCGAAAAGGAAUUGCAGCGCACGCAAAAGUUACUCGAUUCAAUUUUGCCCAACAUUGUGAAUAAUCAAAUACGCAGCGAAAUGUACAAGGGCACGGACCCCUCUGUGGAGACGCAGUUCAACAAGCUCUACGUGUACCCCAUGGACAAUGUGAGCAUUUUGUUUGCGGAUAUAAAGGGGUUUACCGAGCUGGCGAGCAAGACAUCAGCGCAGCAAUUGGUGAAAAUUCUAAACGAUCUUUUUGCUCGCUUCGAUCGCAUCGCGGAGGAUAAUCAUUGCUUGCGCGUGAAGCUGCUCGGUGACUGCUACUACUGUGUUUCACAAUUCGAAAGCGACAACUGGAAGACGCGGCCGGAUCAUGCGGUGUGCAGCGUCGAAACCGGGCUGCACAUGAUAAAGGCCAUUAAGGAUGUGCGCCUGCAUACGCACGUCGACCUCAACAUGCGCAUCGGCAUACACAGCGGCUCCGUGAUGUGCGGCGUGCUGGGCAACAAGAAAUGGCAUUUUGAUGUUUGGUCAAAUGAUGUUAUCAUUGCAAAUCACAUGGAGUCUGGCGGCAUUCCCGGACGCGUGCACAUCUCGGAGGCGACUCUCAACUGCCUGAACGAUGCCUACGAGGUGGAGCCGGGCAACGGCGGCACCCGAGAUAAUCAUCUCAAUAAGAUGAACGUGACUACCUAUCUAAUCAAGCGAACGGAGCCAUUGAGACCCAAGCGACGCUUUGGCACGCGCAGCAGCGUUCAUCAGAGCAGCAGCAUUGCCGCUUCUGUUCCCCAUUCGGGAACUGCGCCGCUGCCCAAAUCGAUCUCGGCCAGUGGCAGCGGCAACGAUUGCAGCAUGGGCAGCACCGCAGCUGUGGCCAUUGGCGACGGCGGCAGCAUCGAUGGACGCAGCCUGGAGUGCGCCGUCGCCCUGGCUGUGCAGCAGCCAUCACAGCUACUCCAGCAGCAGCAGAAGAAGAACAUCUCGCUCAACUCGCUGCCCAAUGUAGUCGAGGGCGUGGCCCUGGACAACCGCCGUCUGCGCAAUGGCAUAGCCGCCGGUGCUGCCAUCAAUGCGAACGCAAGUGGCGCCGGAGCACCUGCUGGCCUGUCCACAGUCUCCUCUCCAACGGCCAUGAUGUCCAAUCCACUGGAACAGCAGCUGAGGCCGCGCAAUGGCGCCAGCAUACAAAAUCUAACGGACUCCAUCAGCGCCAAGGGCCUGGUCAUAGAAGACGAGAGCACGACCGAGUGGAUACCGGAAAUACCAUUUAGAAAUUUAAACAGUCCGGAGGAGACUUUGAAUCGCGCAGAUUCCAUAUUGGUAGAUUCAAAACUUGAUCAUCGCGUUUCGGUAACCCCCAUGGAUGAAGAGAUUGACGAGUUCAUCGAACAGAAUAUACAAAUCAAUUCGAAUAAGGAAAUACGACGGGAAUAUCUGAAUGCCUGGACAUUGAAGUUCAUCGACAAAAGCCAGGAGCAGAAAUUCUGUCAGCUGCGCGAGGAUAUGUUUCGCUCCAACAUGCUUUGUGUGUUUGUCAUUUGGAUAUUUAUGGUGCUAUGCCAGGUCAUCAUUAUCCCACGCUGCACCAUCGUCAUCAUUUGCUUGGCGGUCGGCACUGUGGUGCUCACCUUCUGCUGCGUCCUGGUGAUGGCCGAGGAGUUUCCAGGCCUGCCUGGUUGCCUGAAAAUCAAUUCUGCCAAAUUGGUUCAUCAGCGUCGACGUCGCACGCUCUUCAUUUGCGGCGUCAUUGUGUCCAUGUGCUUGCUAAGCGCGAUUGGCCUGGUGCUCUGCCCAUCCUCUAGUUACAACGGCACCACGAAUGACGUGCGGCUCCUCAACGAUUCCUGGGACAGGGACUCGACGGUCUCCAUCACGCAGACGAUUCAGCGAAAUAUCACAAUACGCGCGCCAGCUAUCGGUGGCUUGUCCAUAGAGUCCAUUGCCAAUCUGACCACACCACUGGAGUCCUUCGAGUUGUCGCAUCGACCCUACACAUUAAUUAGGAAUAGUCACAAUCCGAUUAGUGUCCCAGUGGAUGAUAGUUUCCGCUGUGUGCACCGCGAAUACAUUGUCUUCACCUGGGUGCUCUGCCUCGUCUCCCUGGCCACGGCGCUCAAGCUGUACUACCUGAUCAAGGCAAUCAUGGCCCUCGGCAUGGUCGCCUUUUACACCACACUGAUCUUCAUCAGGUUCAGCACCGAAGAGAGCUUCAGCCUGGCCAAGCUGAGACAGAACGGCAUGCCUCUGGGCGUACAAAUGCUAAUAUUGCUCAUCACCUUUCUCAUCAUGGUGUGCUAUCAUGCGAGACUCGUCGAGGUUACCUCGCGGCUGGACUUCAUUUGGAAGGAGCAAGCGGAACGAGAGCUGACCAACAUGAAAUCGAAUCGUGCACUUAAUGACACAUUAAUUAAGAACAUUUUGCCGGACCAUGUGGCUGAGUAUUACCUGUCCGACGAGCACACGGACGAGCUCUACUCCAAAAUGCACAACCUCUGCGGCGUCAUGUUCGCCUCCAUUCCCAACUUCCAGGACUUUUACUCGGAGGACAUCGACAAUGGCAAGGCGUGUAUUCGCAUUCUGAAUGAGAUUAUCUGUGACUUUGAUGAAUUGCUGGAGGAGCCGCGCUUUGCAUCAGUUGAGAAAAUUAAGACAGUGGGCGCCACCUACAUGGCCGCCGCUGGACUCAAUCACGAGCAUUUGCGCGUUCGCGGUGAAACCCCCGAGGAUAGCGUCUGUGACCUGGUGGAGUUCGCCUUUGCCAUGAAGAAGAAGCUGGAGGAGAUCAACGGCGAUGCGUUCAACAAUUUCCAGCUGCGUGUCGGCAUCUGCAGUGGGCCUCUGGUCAGUGGCGUGAUUGGAGCACGCAAGCCUGUCUACGACAUAUGGGGUAAUACGGUAAACGUCGCCUCACGCAUGGACUCCACGGGCGAGAACUGGCGCGUCCAGGUACCGGCCAACACGGCAGAGUUUCUCUGCUCACGCGGCUAUACCUGUGUGAAACGUGGCGAAAUCAACGUCAAGGGCAAGGGCAUGAUGACCACCUACUAUGUGCAUCCAAAGGGCAUCUCGGACAGCCAACUGAUCUCACCUGUGCGUAUGCCGGCGGGCAUGCCACUCGCCCAGACGCCCAACCUACAGCGACAGACCUCGCAUCACGGCUCCUUCAGUGCGGUUGUCUUUGGCAUGAUGCAGGCCACCAAACGGAGCACCGCGAUACCGGGCACACCUACCGGCACGCCGUCACCACAAAUCCGACGUGGGCAUCGGGGCAGCACCUUCAGUUCGGUGCGUCUAUCCCAGAAGUCGACGACUGUUAAUCCAGUGCGUCGUAAUACAACCCGAGUGCGAGGACGUUCCUAUCGCCAGAAAAAGAGCUCCUCCAACAACUCAAUAGUCACACAGGCCAGCUCCACGUAUAUGCCCUCGUUUCGGCGAAUCGAUCAGAUCGAGACAACAAUCUCGAAGAGUCACAACGAUGCUUUAUAGCCUAGCAUGCGCACCAAUUGGGUCUAAGGACCACCAAUUGCCAAACAUUACUGUAGAAUUUAUUUUUAGAAGCGUUUUCAUACAGUCGAGUCUAGCUAUAGGAACUGGAGUCCUAAUAGAUCUAACAACUAUUCAAUUAUAUUACAGAGCUAAGUCAGUAGAAAUCGAAGUUGCUAGCGAAUCUAUACUUGUAAUAUAUAUAUAUAUGUAUGUACGUCAGAAUUAGUUAACUAUGUAACAUUAUCUCAGCACAACUCUAGUCGUAUGCAUAAAUAUUUAUAAACA